AGGGAAUCGCUCGUUGCGGAUCUCGAGCGAGUAUUGUUCAACUAAUGAUCAAUACUUACUUACUCCUGAGAGGUGCACGCGCACGCUGCCGUGCGAUGAAUUUAAAUUUGCCGCCAAAUUAUAUGUAACUACGCUGAUCGUUUUACAGCGAGCUUUUCGGAGCAACGCAGUUCACGUGGAGUUGUGGAAUUGUAUCCUACGAUACUUCACAACGUUCGAAAGUAUUGGUUAUCGACAAAGUGUCGAUUCGCUGGUCGUGCGCGUAUUGCUUUAGAAUUUCGCAUUGAUUUUCUCGCAAGAGCCGACGACAUAAGUAUAGCAGGCGAGAGCGCGUAAUUUUAUUUUAAAACGCAGUAGCAUAUAAGAGCCUUUAAACGGCACUAUUACACGAUGCAAUGCCGUGUAAUGGAAUUAAAUUAUAAAUCGCACUCGAUCUCGAAUGAAUUAUUUUAUUUAUUCUGAAACGUCAAUUUUUCUCGAAAAAAAAAUCUCCUCAUCGACAUCAACAGUUCCAGCAUCUCGGAAAAAAUAAAGCUGCUGCCCAGCAACACUGUGCGAAAUCCUCCCCUAACCUCAAAAGCAUAUAUCUCCAGCUUUCGCCCCUCCUCCCGGGCAGCGGUGCGCGCGCUACUAUACGCUCGUCCCGUGUAUACACAUCGCAGCGAGUACAGCAUCAGCGCAGUAGCAACUAGCAGCAGCACACGACGUCGACGACGACAAAACCUGCACGACAGCGCGGCGGCGGCGCGACCUUGCUCUUCAACGUUUUCCUCCCCCCAUACCACAUACGUAUCUACGCUCGUCGGCGCGCGUGUGCGGCGGCGGCGGCGGCGGCAGCUACUCAGCUCGAGCUAGUGGUCGAGACGCGAGAGAGCCGCAGAGUCGAGAGAGAGAGCCGAUCGCGAGCGGAGCUUGGACGAGCUGUUUGAUACAUCUACAUAUAUAGGUAUACGGUCUCUCGCUCUGUUGCGGAGACUGGAGUCGGGAGUGGAGUUCCGCAGUACGAGAUAUCGAGAGGAGUAGCUGUACCGCUGCGGAUCGAGGAGAGAACACGGGUCGCCUUUGCCUUCGGAACGGCACACUGCGGACGAAAAAGAGAGCGAGAGAGGCCCACCACGGCUAUUGUAUACAGCUAUACAACAUACCUACAGCAGCGCGCGACUCGUCUUUUCUGUCUCUCUUCCGCGCGGCUGUAAAGUAGUCCAGUCCAGUGCGCCGCGUCCCGAGACGACAGAGCGAGAGAGAGCGAGAGAAAGCGAGAGGGAGAGAGAGAGAGAGAUAUACACACGUCGCAGCGGGGCCACACGCACCGCCGCCGCGUACACUCUCGUGCCUGUCCCUCUCACUAUCUCCGUGUUAGUGUGUGUGCUCCGUCGUACAGCUAUACGCGAGCGAGAAACCCGAGAAGACAAAAAGCAGCAGCAGCAGCAGCAGGGACAAAGGAGGCAGAGAGAGAGAGAGAGAGAGAGGGAGAGAGAGAGAGAGCCGAGCGUUCAGAGACAACGAGAGCAGCAGCAGCAGGUUAGCAGCGACUACUUGAGCAAGCAACCCCAGGUGAAACCGUCGUCGGGCCACGGCAUGCCGCGCAGGAUCACGACGGCAGCGUUGUCGUCCCCCUCGCACCAGCAGCAACAGCAGACAGAGGAAGCAGCGGUGGUGCAGCAGCAGCCGGAGCAGAGCCAAUCGUCGUCCGAGGCCGCGCACUGUCACCGUCGGCAGGCGGUGGUGUUGCUCGCCGGAGCGAGGUGGAGAGCUGCGGCCGCCGAACUGAGGAGCUGAGCACGCUCGGGCCGCGUCGCCGCUGCCACCAGGGACGUCGUCGGGCACCAGGAUGCUGCUCUACCUAGCCAAGGCACCAUGGCCGUAAUCGGCGAAUCUAGGUACUAUUCACUCAUCCCAACUAAAGAAAUUGGUGAACAUCCAGUUCGUCGCAGCAAAGGAAGAACCGAAUCACCUUGUGGUCGUCGACACAGAAGAAGAAGGGUUCGCAUGACCCUUGAGGGCACAAUGUGUUCCCGAGGGGCAGACCAGGUUGACCUCAGCGACUCUGAGGAUGCCUACCUGGAUACCACGGAUCCUGUGAGGUAUGAGCUGCGCAACAUCCAGAGUGUGAUCCACGUGACCCGGCAGAACAUUGACGCUCUGAACAACCGAUUCGCUGGCUUCCAGGACCCGCCCUCGAUCUACCUAACCGAGUACCAAGAGCUCACCUCCAAACUUCACGAGUUCGAAACCAAGGAGCAGAAGCUUAUAGAGAUCCUGAACUCCAUGACGGAGGUCUCCUCUUCCUCGGCCCCGAACAGUAGCAGCAGCAAUGAGAUCGUCACCAAUGCAUCCUCCUCCGCAACCAACUCUGAUUUGCGCUCGAGCGCCAGCAGCAUCUACACGUCGUCCCGCGGCACGUACUCCAAACAGGCGGCUCCUCGCACGCCCCUCAAGUCCCUGCUACGCGCCCAUCUGCCCAAUCAGCAGCGCACCAGCGUCCAGGUGCGCGAGAGCCUCUCGCUACGCGACGCCCUGGCCAAGGCCAUGAAGCUACGGAACCUGACAACCGAGAUGUGCGUCGUCUAUAUCGUGGCGAGCAACGACGCAAAGUACCCUAUACCUUGGGACACGGACAUCUCCUCCCUCGAGUGCGACGAGAUAUCCGUCGAGAUUCUCGACAAGUUCCCCAUAACAACUUCGAUUUCGCACAACUUCGUGCGCAAGACAUUCUUCUCGCUGGCCUUUUGUGAGUGCUGCCACAAGCUGCUCUUCCAGGGCUUCUACUGCCGCACCUGCAACUACCGCUUCCAUCAGCGUUGCGCCAACGGCGUACCCGCUCUCUGCCAUCAGGUGCGCAUGCAAGAUGCCUACUACCAGGCCCUGUUGGCCCACAAUCCCGAGAGGACCGCGGGCAUACUGCAACUGCCCUCGGGAUACGGCAUCUCGCCUUCUCUGGCCACCAACUCCAGACCCCGGCCUCCCAGAACUCUUGCCCAGCAGGACCGCUCGAGCUCGGCGCCCAACGUCUGCUUCAACACGGUCAAGCCAGGUGGUCCAGGCGAGCCGAUCAACCUCGACGAGUACACGCGCUCGCAGAGCCUCAGCAGAACGGCAGGCACGACACAGUCGCCCGUUUCGCCGGGAAGCAGCCCAACCAAGCACAGCCAGUCAACGCAGGCUAGCCCAACGAAUACUCUGAGACCGAAGCGGCCCAGGGCCCGCUCCGCUGACGAGAGCUCGAAGAACCUGCUCGCGCCGAGAGAGUCGAUCGAGGACUGGGAGAUACCGGCCGAUGAGAUACUCGUCGGGCAAAGGAUCGGUUCCGGAUCAUUUGGAACUGUCUACAAGGCACACUGGCACGGACCCGUUGCUGUUAAAACUUUGAACGUCAAGAUUCCAACGUCCGCUCAAUUGCAGGCUUUCAAGAACGAGGUAGCGGUGCUGCGCAAGACGCGCCACGUUAACAUUCUGCUUUUCAUGGGCUGCGUAAGCAAGCCACAGCUAGCCAUCGUGACUCAGUGGUGCGAGGGUUCGUCGCUCUACAAGCAUCUGCACGUGUUCGAGUCAAAGUUCCAGUUGUUGACCCUCAUCGAGAUCGGUAGACAGACGGCUCAGGGUAUGGACUAUCUGCACGCGAAGAAUAUAAUUCACAGAGAUUUAAAGAGCAACAACAUCUUUUUACACGAUGACUUGACGGUAAAAAUCGGCGACUUCGGUCUGGCCACGGCCAAGACGAGGUGGUCGGGCUCGUUGCAGUUCCAUCAGCCCACGGGCUCGAUUCUCUGGAUGGCGCCUGAGGUCAUCAGAAUGCAGGAAGAAAACCCCUACAGUUUCCAGUCGGACGUCUACGCCUUCGGAGUAGUUUUGUUCGAGCUGCUGGCCGGACAACUGCCCUACUCCCAUGUAAAUAACAAGGACCAGAUUCUGUUUAUGGUAGGUCGUGGUUACCUGCGCCCGGAUCUGAACAAGCUGCGGUCGGACACGCCGAAGGCUCUGCGUCGACUGACGGAGGACUGUAUCAAGUUUUCUCGCGAUGACAGGCCAAUAUUUCGGCAGAUCCUGGCCAGCCUUGAGAGCCUGUUGCGCGGUCUGCCCAAGAUCACGAGAUCGACUUCUGAGCCGAAUCUCAAUAGAACCCAGCUGCAGAGCGAUGAUUUCCUGUACACGUGCGCGUCGCCCAAAACGCCCGUCAACUUUCAAUUCGGCUCCUUCCCGUUCUACCCUAGCGGCGGAAACAUUUGAAGGUACGAGCAAAUGGAGGUCGGGCGAAGAUUCACGAAAGACACGAUGAACAUAACGAAGAUGUAUCACCACUACUAUUACUCGGCUGAGAACAAUCUGUACGAUAGGUUUCUAAGAUUGUACGGAAGCGGGAGCGAUUAUUGCGCGAGAGAGGCGUAGACUCCUCUGCGUGGACUUUGUUUUUCUUCUGUCGAUGUAAAGUAUGUAUUAGAGGAGAGUGGGAAGUGUCGAGAGAUGGGUACUUCUUAUUGAAUAAGAGGAGUGGAGUAAUGAUGCUGUUGACGAGACUCGUGGGUCGAGCAAUGGAGUAUUGAAAAUAUGAGGCAGUGAUUACCCUCGGAGACGGAUUCCUGUUGAUUAUUAAACCAAUAUGUAAUGCUUGAAUGACGAUGUUGAUAUCUCGACAACAUAAGAAGCUUUCCAAAGGUAAUCACUCCUUGGAACACUAUAUACAGUAUAAGAAACAAAGCGUCAAUCGAGUCACUUAGGAUUGUUAGUAAUUUGAGUCAAACGAAAAAUUGUUCGAUUUCGAGCCUUGACAACGGCUAUUGUUCAUGUACAUACAUGUAUACAUAAUUUCUCUAUGUGUACACACACUUUCAUACACUUCUACACUGACACAGACAUCAACGAGAAAAGAAAAUUACAAAAAAGUCGUAAUCUACGUUUUUUAGGCUAAGACGUCGGUUACUUUAAGAAGAUAUCACGAUUUUAAAUGUGAUUCGUAAUCGCGUAAGAAGAAUCGAUUUAUUUUCACUUCAUGCUCUAUUUAUUUAAGCGGUUCUAUUGAGCCUUGAGAACUUUGCGUUUAAUCGUGAAUAAUCGAAAAAAAAUCUAACGAAUUGUAUAAGAAGCACGUAUUUUCUUUUUCCUUAAUUUAUCAUAGAGCUAAUUAAACUUUUAUUUUCAUCGCGAGUUCCUUUUGACUCGAAUUAUGAUCGCAGCACGCGCGCACUUCUUUUCUCUACGUGCAAUAAACUCUAGGAAAAAAUCAUUAAGUGUAAUUUUAAACAAAACUUAAAGAAAAACUUAACACAUUUAAAAAUGGAGACAUUCCUGAUUAAGGAGCAUAAUUGAACCUUAACCAAAAUCACAAAAUUCCCCCCCCUAAAAAAAUCAUCAACGACAUUUUGCGCGUGCGUCUAAUAUUUCACCAUCACACUUACGCAUGCAUUACAACAUACAGACAAACAUUAAGGUAAACGAAAAAAAAGAAGAAAAAAAAUUACAAAUACGAGACAUAUGUGAGCAUAGUGAUCCGUUCAUUUUUUCGCGGCAUCCUUAAAAAGGAUGUAAAACUAAGGAUAAUUUUACUAGGAGUAUAUAAGAGAAAAGACGGCAUUUAAAAGUCGCGCGGCGGAUCGACGAGGCAAUCGUCCGUGGAAACAUUGUAAUUCCUAAAGGGUGGUCGAUAAAAAAUGAGACUUUUGUACCUUACGAACCUUCUUUCUCGGUUCUCGUCUCGAGUAUUAUAUAGAAAACAAAAAAGCUCUUACCUACGACUAAGUGCGAAUGAGCGCGCACCCGCACUCGCCUGUCCCUUAUUAAGGGGGCGAUUUACGACUGCGCGAUGGUGCGACGUAUAUUAUUAUUAAUAUUAUAUUAUUUUUAUUAUUGUAUUUCCUUUUUGUUUUUCUUUUUUCGUUUUAUAGCGGAGAGUACAAGACAUAUGGAGCGAGAGGGUGAUGUUGAUAUCCUUUACACGAAAAGUACUUCACAGAGAGAGAGAGAGAGAAAGAGAGCGUUCUGCGUUAUAUAUCGUUGCCAAUAUUACGUUUGUAAAGCGUGUACAUGUAUACUAUGAAGAAUUUCUGCUGUUACUCUUCUCUUUUUUUUGCUGUUCGCGCUUUUCGAGUAUAGCUCGGAAGCGUAUCACUUUUGUAAAGCGUGAGAGAGGAUCUUGGUUGAUUUCGAAUGUUCGAUCCAUGAAUUCGCAAUAAUGAACUACGUAUAUACUUUGAUUGUUUGCACUAAAAAUAAUUUAUUCAGCAUACUAUAUA